AUGGACGCUUUACUUCGUCAGCUCAUGAUGCCAAGAUUGCGUGUGAAUGGAAUUAGUGGAAAACCGACCGACCGUCUCAAUCAUCCCGACACGGCAGAAACCGUUCACAUCGGUUCGCUGCCACUUCUCAAGAUGUUGAAACAUGCUCGUAGUGGUGUUCCCCUCGAAGUGAUGGGUCUGAUGUUGGGGACUUUCGUCGACGACUACACGAUCAAUGUUGUCGAUGUGUUUGCGAUGCCACAAAGUGGGACGUCAGUCUCUGUGGAAUCUGUGGACCCGGCCUAUCAGGCGAAAAUGAUGGACAUGCUUCAACGGACUGGACGCGAGGAAAUGGUCGUUGGAUGGUAUCACUCGCAUCCCGGCUUUGGUUGUUGGCUUUCUGACACGGAUGUCAAUACGCAGAAAUCUUUCGAGGCGCUUCAUCCAAGAACCGUGGCCGUUGUGGUGGAUCCGAUUCAAUCGGUCAAGGGAAAGGUAGUGCUAGAGGCGUUUCGUUUAAUGGAGCCGAUUCUCGCCCUCACAAAUUCGGUUGCACCAACUGGAGAGCCAAGACAGACGACUACAAAUCUUGGCAACUUGGACAAGGGAUCACUGGUCGCGCAGAUAAAAGGACUCGGCUUUAAGUACUACGAUCUGGCGGUGAACUAUCCGACGACGGAGAAAGAGCAAAAGAUGUUGCUGACCUUGCAUCAACACUCAUGGAGGGAUGGAUUGGCCAUUAAGGAUUACGACAAAUGCUCAAAGGGAAAUGGCGAGUCGCUGGCUGAGAUGAUCAAGCUGGUCGGACAUUUUGCCAAGGAUGUGACGGAUGGAGUGGUGGUUCAGAAGAAAGAAAAGGGUGAGAAGGGGCGCAAGAAAUAUGGGAAACUCAACGCGAAACAGCGACUCAAAAUGACAUCAACCCGUUUGAUGGAGGACAACAUUGUACAGGAGACAGCCGGGAUGAUCAACACUGCCGCCUUUCAU